GAGUGAUAUAUAUCCCACAUUAUAAAUAAAAAAAAAAAAAAAAAAAAAAAAAACAGACAGAAAGAUCAAUCAAGAAAAAAAGAAAAUGAAGGUUGUUGAAGUUCUUCACAUGAAUGGAGGGAUUGGAGACAGUAGCUAUGCCAACAAUUCUUUGGUUCAGAGAAAGGUGAUUCUCAUGACAAAGCCAAUACUGGAGCAAGCCAUGAGUGAUCUCUAUUGUAGCCUCUUCCCGGAAGCCUUAUGCAUUGCGGAUUUGGGUUGUUCCUCUGGAGCAAACACUUUUUUGGUGGUAUCAGAUUUUGUUAAAAUCGUCGAAAAAGAACGAAAAAAACACAAUCUUCAAACACCAGAGUUUUAUUUUCACUUCAAUGAUCUUCCUGGCAAUGAUUUUAACACAAUUUUCCAGUCAUUGGGGGAAUUUCAACAAGAUUUGAGAAAGGAAGUUGGAGAAGGAUUUGGUCCAUGUUUUUUUAGUGGAGUAGCUGGUUCAUUUUAUACUAGACUUUUCCCUUCAAAGAGUUUGCAUUUUGUUCACUCCAGUUACAGUCUCAUGUGGCUAUCUCAAGUUCCUGAUCUAACCGAGAAGAACAAAGGGAACAUUUACAUGGCAAAUACAAGUCCACCAAGCGUUAUAAAAGCAUAUUACAAGCAAUAUGAAAAAGAUUUUUCAAAAUUUCUCAAGUACCGUUCAGAGGAAUUGAUGAAAGGUGGAAAAAUGGUUUUAACAUUUUUAGGAAGAGAAAGUGAAGAUCCUUCUAGCAAAGAAUGUUGCUAUAUUUGGGAGCUUUUAUCCAUGGCCCUUAAUGAAUUGGUUGUUGAGGGGUUGAUAGAAGAAGAGAAAGUGGAUUCAUUCAAUAUUCCUCAAUAUACACCAUCAUCAGCAGAAGUGAAGUACGUUGUUGAGAAGGAAGGUUCAUUCACAAUUAAUCGUUUGGAAUCUACAAGAGUCCAUUGGAAUGCUUCUAAUAAUGAGAGUAAUGGUGCCUACAAUGUGUCAAGGUGCAUGAGAGCUGUGGCUGAGCCUUUACUUGUGAGCCAAUUUAGUCCAAAACUGAUGGAUUUAGUGUUCCAAAAAUAUGAAGAAAUUCUUUCUGACUCCAUGGCCAAAGAGAAAACCGAGUUUAUAAAUGUCACCGUCUCCUUGACCAAAAUAAAUUGACAGUGUUGAUUGUGGCGAAUCUAGACCAAGUUCAGUGAAUUCAUAAUGUCACUUUUGUUUCAAA